GACGACUACUUCAGGAAUGCUGACGAGACCGCCGGCUCUGAUCAAACUGUCGACACCACUAAGGACCCCUGCCAGAAUGUGAAGUGCAGUCGCCAUAAGGUGUGCGUUGCUCAGGGCUACCAGAGGGCCACAUGUAUCAACCGCAAGAAACUGGAGCAGAGAGUCAAACAGCAAGGGCAGCUUGAGGGCCAUGAGAGCAGCUGUAAGCCUUGUCCUGUUGCUGCAUCUUCGCCCGUUUGUGGCUCCGAUGGACACAACUAUGUUUCAGAGUGUAAGUUGGAGCAGCAAGCUUGCCUCACAGGGAAAGACCUCAGGAUCAUGUGUUCUGGAUUUUGCCCCUGCUCCACCGCUCCUGCUGCAAACACUGACAUUAAACGGGAGAGCUGCACUGGCCAGGACCUGGCUGACCUGGGCGAUCGCCUUAGAGACUGGUUCCAGCUUCUUCAUGGAAAUGCAAAGCAGAACAACUCUGGCAAGCUGGGCGCUUCCUCAGUGCUAGAAAAAAGCCUGGUAGCCAGCUGCAAAGACUCCAUUGGCUGGAUGUUUUCUAAACUGGACACCAACAGUGACCUGUAUCUGGACCAGGCUGAGCUGGCUGCCAUUAAUUUGGACAAGUAUGAGAUCUGCAUCCGUCCCUUCUUCAACUCCUGUGACAGCUACAAAGAUGGGAAGGUCUCCACAGCAGAAUGGUGUCUCUGCUUCUGGAGAGAAAAGCCUCCGUGCCUCGCUGAGCUGGAGAGGAUCCAAGUGCAGCAGGCGGCCAAGAAGAAACAUGGCACCUAUAUCCCCAGUUGUGAUGAGGACGGCUACUAUAGGAAGGUGCAGUGUGAUCAGAGCCGAGGGGAAUGCUGGUGCGUCGACCUGCAUGGAGAGAUGUUUGGCUCCAGAAUCCAAGGAAAUCCAGAUUGUGAUGAUGUAGCUGGAUAUUCAGGAGACUUUGGUAGCGGAGUUGGAUGGGAAGAUGAAGAGGAGAAGGAGGCAGAGGAAAACGGCGAGGAAGCAGAGGAGGAGGAAGAGGAGGAAGGCGAGGCGGAUGACGGAGGCUACAUCUGGUAGAACUGUCUCACCCUGAACAGAGAGCACAGCAGCUGGUCUACAACUCUACAGGCGUGGCUCUCACCUAAAAGAGGGAAUUCUGGAAUAAAACUGGAGAGGAAGGGGAUUGUUAUUCUGUUAUAGGAGGAUGAGCUGUUAUUUUUCUUUAUUAGAUAUGUGUAAUGGCUUCAACCUUUUCUCAGAUUUUUUUUUAACUAGAGAUUUGUGUUUUACUGUCCUGUAAAAAAGGGUAGCCACUGACUUUUGCGCCAUCAGUAAGUAAAGUCCGUAAAAAUUUGUAUCUUGUACUAUCACCAUCUAUGCAUAGAGAGAUUAUAAGUAAUUUUGUAUCGUGUAAACAGUUGGUUACAUAUUAAAGUUGCCCUGCCACUGGAACAAAGAGAGACUUUGGUACAUACAAACAGUUUGACACUUUGGGAGAUAAGCUUAAUUGUUUUCUUAAAAAUGUAUUGAUGAGAUGAACACUACCACUCUGGUAAAUAGGAGGGGCUAAGAUAUAAAAGGCUUAGCUUUGUGUAAAGCUUGUCUAAAAGAGGUUUGAAUAAGACAUUGGGAAUGUUAUGUGUGUACCUACACAAAAGGUGAAAAUGUUCCUGUAAAUGUGAAUUUAAAAAUGAUUUUUGUUUUUACACUUAUAUAAUAAUUGAAUAAGAAAGGAUGGAGGGUAGGUGAAAUUCAUUUAAUUUCAUUAUAUUACAGGCCCAUCUGAUUCAGCACUACUGAAACACUAAUCAAUGAAGUAAAUAACAUUGAUUUACCACAUAUCCUCUUAAACGUAGUUGCAGUCCAAUUAAAACAUCCUCUGUCUGCUCUUGUAACAGCUUCCUUCAUCAAUGCAAAGUCUGCUUACUUAAGGUUUCUUCCUUAGUGGUUUCACUGUCAAUAUUUAGAUGCUACGCUACGCGACCAACCCAACCACAACAGGGCCAUGUACUGUGAAUUGCUAAAGUAUUCAUACCCUUAAAACCUUCACACCAUUUGGGAGUUUGCAAGCGAUGAUGUCAAUGUAACUUUGGAGGAUUUUAAUUUUAUAAUAUGGACAAACACAAAUUAGUAAAUCAUUGUGUAGGCCAAUAAAAUUAUAGGCUAUAUCUUUGUUUUUUAAGUAUUCUUUCUUACAAAAUAAACUGAUUAAAGUGUGGAUGCCUUGCAGUGGAGUUCAGCACCCAGUUCACUACAUUUUGCAGCAGCACAGCUCUCUUUUCAGGUAUGUCCCUCCAACGUUUGAGUAUCUGUCCAUGUAUUCCUCAUUCCUUGUUGUAAGGUAGUUAUACCUCCAUCAGAUUGGAUGUGCAGCAUCUCAUCUGGAUUUAGGUCGGUACUUUAACUGGGCCAUUGUAAACAUACGAACAUGCCGUUAAUUAAGAAACUAUAUUGUAGCCAUGGAUGCACUGCUAUGGUCACCAUCCUGCUGGAAGGUAAACAUUCCCAUGUAAGCCUAAAAGUGUUUUCCUUCCCUGCAACUUUAUUCCUUUUCUGUCUGCUGUGAUAUUUUGCCUCUCAAAGCACUAUUUAUACUGAGAUUAAAUUACACACAGCUUGACCCAAUUUACUUAUCAGGUGAUUUCUAAAGGCUGGUGGACUUUCAUUUUUGUAUGGGUACCAAAAUAAAGGGGUCUCAGUACAAAUUAAGACCAGUUUUUACAGUUUUAUUUGAGAACAGAUUUGGAAAACUAUCACUUACCCUCCAAUUUUGUUAAUCUGUUACAUUUAAUCCCCAUACAUGCAUAAUAGUUUGUGAUUGUAACAUCACAGUAUUUUGAAAAAAUUAAAGAAUGCCUUUAAAUUACGCAAGUAAUGUUUAUCCCUUUGAGAUAAAGCUAGACCAUCACAGGUGGUUUUAUUAUUUUUUAUAGAGCUAGUUGUUCCUGUUUAUUAAACAUUGAAAUGCUAAGAAGCAGUGCAUCACAGGGGCCAGUUAGAUUGAUAAAUGUUUAUACAUAUAUUGUCUUAAUGGUUUUAAAUAUUAAUCUGUGGAGUCUGGAGCUUAAAGAAGAACAUUUUAGGACAUGUGAAAUGUAAAGGUAUAGUGGAGGAUUUUCGUGAAUUUUUGAAAAGACCCGCCCGCUGCACUU